AUGGCUCUCUUUGAGACGCCCUUGGGCUUCGCAGAUGCUGGCAUGGGUCUGAAGGGAGUAACCCGACCAAACAUGAAGAAGCAGGAGGUGUUCGCAUGUCCAGGCCCUGAUCAAGAGGGUGUGGUGUUUCCGCUCUCAACUGUCCUAUUAUUUGGUGAGCCGGAGGUGAUUUCUGCUGUGCAGCUGAUUUGGGCUCAAGAGAGUUGGCCCAAUGCAGAAGCCAAACGUCAGGAUCUGAUGGUCGAUUUGGCGGAGGUCAUCUCAGAUGUUCUUCUGAGAAGCUCUAGCGUGACGGUCGUGGAAGAUGCCAUUGCAAAGGGUGGCAAUGUAAACGCUUCCAAGGACUCGGUGUCCGUCCUUGCCCAGGCGGUUCAGGCGAAGCACGCUGAGCUCGUCCGAGUGCUUCUGAAGAAUCGCGCCUCGCCCACGACGAGUGACAAGAAGGGGGUCACUCCAUUACACCUCGCGACCUUCGAUGGCUCCUUGGAGAUCUUGAAGAGCCUCAUCAGCAGCAGGGCCGACCUCGAGGCGAAGGACUGCCAUGGUCAAACGCCAUUCUUCUUCGUCCCGAACCGGCGAUCCUGCCUGGUGCUGGGCAACGCCAAGGCGGACCCCAAUGUGCUCAACCACAAAGGACAGACGCCUUUGCAUUUGGCGGCUCAUGCCGGUCUCAACGAUGCAGUGCAAUGGCUCGCCGAGAGCAUGACCGCGAGCAUGGUCGAUGCCCAGGAGUGACGGUUUGACGGCUGAGGAGUGACGGCCGACGCACGGGGAGAGACAGAAGAAGCCGCCGCCGUCUUGUGCACGUAAAAAAGGCCACGAUGAGUGAGGUGGUGUCGAUCCGCAGGUGCUCCAAGUGGUGCUUCAAGUGGUCCAAUCUGAAACUUGACCUUGUUGGAAACAAUGUUUUUCUCCACUAACCACUGACCACCCUUGGGUUAAAUGAAACAUAUGUGUACCUAGACCUUCCAAGGGGUGUCCAAUGGAGAUCUCUCAGUAGUGUGUGGGCUUCCAUUGGUGACCCCUUGGAAGGUGCUGGUUCCGGUGCUUUCAGAGAUCUACCCAGCCAUCAACGAUGCGUUGCAGGUCAGUUCGGCACGGCCCGGAUUGACGCGGUGGCCGUUGUUUGAAGGAUUUGACGAUGGCCCCGAAGUCCGAUCCUAACCGGUGGUGAGACUGUUUCCAGUUCGUCAGCUGGAAUGGUCUGUUCUCUAAAUCUAAGGAGCUAUGAGUAGACACUCCUGAUUUCUGGGGGGCCCUGGCAUGCGUUUAUUUCAUGCUAUCUAGAUAUAUUUUGAAGCCAGUGUAUGGCUUCAUGCUGUCGGCUUGGCCCUGAUAUGGCUGCAAGCUACGAACAAUCAACGGACUACUACGCCACGGUGAGCUUGUGAAGUCCGGCACCUAACGUUCGGAUCUAUACCACAGCAGGACAAGCAUGGCCGAACCGCCGUCUACUGCGCGGCGCAUUCGAACUUGAAGUCCACGG